GUGUUUUGGGAAACGAGUUUAGUAUAUUAAGGUCACCAGGGUCCGUUGUCUUCCGAAAUGGAAAUUGGCCUAUACCAGGAGAGCGAAUUCCAGAUCUGGCUGCAUUGUCCAUGGGCUUCUCUGUAAAUGAAGACCUUUCUUGGCCAGGACUCGCAGUGGGUAACCUAUUCCAUCGUCCUCGGGCUACGGUUAUGGUGAUGGUGAAGGGAGUGGACAAACUGGCUCUCCCCCCAGGCAGUGUCAUCUCGUACCCUUUGGAGAAUGCAGUUCCUUUCAGUCUUGACAGCGUUGCAAAUUCCAUUCACUCCUUAUUUUCUGAAGAAACUCCUGUAGUUUUGCAGUUGGCUCCCAGUGAGGAAAGAGUGUACAUGGUGGGGAAGGCAAACUCAGUUUUCGAAGACCUUUCAGUCACACUCCGACAGCUCCGUAACCGCCUGUUUCAAGAAAACUCUGUUCUCAAUUCACUUCCUCUCAAUUCUCUGAGUAGGAACAAUGAAGUUGACCUGCUCUUUCUCUCUGAGCUGCAAGUGCUACAUGAUAUUUCCAGUUUGUUGUCUCGUCAUAAGCACCUCGCCAAGGAUCAUUCUCCUGAUUUAUAUUCACUGGAGCUGGCAGGUCUGGAUGAAAUUGGGAAACGUUAUGGGGAAGACUCGGAACAGUUCCGAGACGCCUCUAAGAUCCUUGCUGAUGCUCUACAAAAGUUUGCAGAUGACAUGUACAAUCUUUAUGGUGGGAAUGCAGUGGUAGAAUUAGUAACUGUCAAAUCAUUCGACACAUCCCUUGUGAGGAAGACCAGGACCAUCCUUGAGGCAAAGCAAGCAAAGACCUCAACAAGUCCCUAUAACCUUGCGUACCAGUAUAAUUUCGAGUACUCAGUGGUUUUCAACAUGGUGCUCUGGAUAAUGAUCGCCCUGGCCUUGGCCGUGAUUAUCACCUCCUACAACAUCUGGAACAUGGAUCCCGGGUAUGACAGCAUCAUUUACAGGAUGACAAACCAGAAGAUUCGAAUGGAUUGAACUUUUCCUUAACGCCACACUUAGAAAAGGGGUUCGAACAUUAGCCGUUUUGUUAAAAUCUAUCUUUUAGUGUGGUUUUAAGUAGAUCGUAUACUUUAAAUUUAUAAACAAAAAAAAGCAAAUUUUGUUCUCUAUUUUGUGUGUGCCUGUGAUGUUUUCUUUUUUAGAGUGAAUUAGUAUGAAUUAGUAUUGACGUGAAUCGAACGUGUCAUAUAGAUUUCCAUAAUAUGCUUGAAUAUUAUAAUAUAGCCAUUUAAUACAUAUUUCAUUCCAUUUAAUAAAUGUGGGAAUGUGCACUGAAAGAAAUGUAAAACACGUAGAAUAGUUUGUUAUUUAUGUUGGGGAAAUGCACUGAAUUUAUUAGAGAAACUCCUGAACGCUCCACUUGCUUACACAGGACGGGGGAAAACCGCAUCUGGGCUGUUGUAUACUAUGAAUUAUUUGUACAUGUCUUCAUUUGAUGUAAAUAUCUCUGAAACAAGAGAAAAGGUUUUGAACUUAGAACAGCCAGCCCUAAAAUAUGGAUGUGCUUAUACAAUCGCUUCAUUUUGGAACUGUAUCCGGUCAACAGAGGACAGCUGUUUUUUUUUUUUUUCUUUAACCUGUUCGGCAAGUGUGGUGAUCCGUAUGGUCUAGUAUGGAGAUUAAAAAUACUACAUUAAUCCAGGAAGAAACUAGCUUUGUGGAUUAUCGAUGCUUGUAAUUAUUAUAUACAAAAACAAAUCUUUGGGGACAUCUUGAGGCAUGAAUAUAAAAUAUAUUUAUUUCAGUAACUUUUCUCCCAGUGAAAGUUACUAUGGUUUGUGGUACAACUUCAUUCUAUAGAAUAUUAAGUGGAAGUGGAUGAUUUCUACUUUUCAUGUGGAAGUGGACCAAUGUCUACAAAGAGUGGCAAAUAAAGUUAAUAAUGAUUCCAAA